GGUAGUUGUACAAACGUACUUACAUACUUUAGAACAACUUUAUUGAACUUGUUAAACCACUAUUUGAUCUACCCGACCGUUUACAUGGUUUAUAUACAAUACAGUGUGUUUAACUCUAUGCUGUUAAGACCAAUUUGCGACGUAGACGUAAGGGAUUGACGAGUAAGAGUCUCUGAGAGGGAAUGAGAUUCAAUUUGAGGACCAUGCAGAGGUUUGUAAGAUACGUUGAAAGGUAUGUUUGGCCCAGACGUCAUGUGAGAGGAGUUGUCCAAUUGGCUAAUCGUAAGUACCUGCCAGGGUCUGAUGGUCUACACUUCCCUGCUGUCCUAGCAGAGCCACGUGAUGAUUUUCCACGAAUCAGAACGGCUACCGAGCUGUCAAUCAACGAUACUCUUCCGGCAAUAAAAUGUGGUCGUGUCAUCCAUGAAAAUUUCAUGAACGACAUCCUCCAAUAUGGAGCAGUCUGGUAUCGAGGGCUGCCAUUAAACAAUUUUGAAGACUUUUCACAAUUUUUCUAUGGACUAAACGUCUAUGAGACGGCCGGAUAUACAGGUGGUCAAGCCCCGAGAAGCGCCGUUGGUAAAAAUGUAGUUACGGCAAGCAAUGAGCCUGGAGAAUAUUGCAUUGAACUUCACAAUGAGAUGGCGUAUGUGUCAACGUACCCUCAUAUGGUCAUGUUUUACUGCGAGGUUCCUCCUGGUGAGGGGGCCGGUGGAGAGAGCGUAGUGUCAGACUGUAGGCGUAUCAAGGAGGACCUCGACCCGGGCGUAGUAGAAAAGUUCGACAGGCUUGGAGUGAAAUACCACUUUCACGUUGCAAGUAAAUACGAUAAGAGCAAUGAGCAUGGGCAUUCGUGGCAAAUGAUGUUCAACACUGAGAAAAAGAAGGAUUUGGAAGAAGUACUAGACAGAGAAGGCACUUCGUAUUUUUGGAACAAAGAUGAUUCGAUCAAGUUCUGGAGAAUUUUACCUGCAAUGGCGUUUCAUCCGAAAACAGGUGAGCAAAUGUGGAUCAACCAUAUUUACAAGAAACACGCAUCGGGCUGGGCCUUUCAUCCAAGUUUCCAAGGGAAACAGCUUGACAACGACAAGUACCCAACACAUAGUUACUAUGGCGACGGAACUGAAAUUGAGGAUGACGUCAUUCAACACAUUCGGGAUAUCAGUUGGAAAUGUGCUGUUGGAUUUCAGAUGAAGAAGAGGGACGUUCUAGUUAUGGACAAUAUGAGGGUCCAACAUGCCAGGUUGAGUUUCACUGGAGAGCGGAAAUUAUUGGCGAUUCUUGGACGUUAUAAGGACCAAUAGACCAAAACAAUAAUAUUAAUGUAAAAUAUAAAACAUACAGCGUAGCAAAGCAUUUUGAUUUUUUUCUUGGUCAACCAAAACAGUGUAUAACCAUGCUAUAUUCUAUAACAGAGUAUGAAUAUUAUGACCUCGACCUAGAUUCAUUAAAUUGAAUACCUUAUCAUUUUUAAGGACUCGAUGGGCCAUUCUGUGCAUUCCCCUGCUAUUUUCUUAAAGCACACGUUUCUUGAAUGCUAGUUUUAACAACCUAGCAUCGCAUCUACUAAAAUAGCAUAUACGAAUUUAUUUGUUAUAUGAAUCUAUUUUGUCCAAUUAAAUCAAUGCCUUGUCCUCACCAAAAACAUUUUAACAGCAAUACGUGCAUUUAAGUGUGCAUUAUCACCUUUACAUGUCACAAUAAUAAACAUGCUGAUUCAAACAAGCCAGAAAGAGAAGAAGUAUAAUUGAUUGUUCAAUUGAAUUUUUGCAGAACAAGUCAAAAGUAAGCUUUAUUUGUUUGUUGUCGUCAAAGUGGAUGUAUGUUGUGCUGUCAAUAUA